GAGCGGUGGGGCAUGAGGAGUGAAGAAAAGAAGAAGAAGAGGGAAAAGAAGAGAGGAGGAAGAAGAGAGGAAGAAGAGGGAGAAGAGAAGAAGAAGAAGAAGAAGAAGAAGAGGAGGUGGCUGCAGCGAGGGCUGCAGCGAGGAGCUGUGGGGCGUGGGGAGAAGAAGAGAGGAAGAAGAGGGAGAAGAGAAGAAGAAGAAGAAGAAGAAGAAGAAGAAGAAGAGAGGAGGAUAGCUGCGGCAAGGCUGCAGCGAGGAGGUGUGUGGCUUUGGGGAGGAAAAGGGAAGAGGAGAAGAAGAGAAGGAGAAGAAGAGGGAAAAGAGAGGCAGCUGCAGCAGCCAGGGCUGCAGCACCUCUGUUUCCCGCAGGUGGAAACAGAGGAGAGGAUGUGUGGGGCGUUGAGGAUGAAAAGGGAAGAAGAAGAAGAAGAAGAAGAAGAAGAAGAAGAAGAUAGCUGCGGCAAGGCUGCAGCGAGGAGAUGUGUGGCCUUGGGGAGGAAAAGGGAAGAGGGGAAGAGGAGAAGAAGAAGAAGAGGAAGAGAAAGAGGUGUGAUACCUCUGUUUCCUGCAGAGGAAACAGAGGAGAGGGUGUGUGUGACGCCGGGGAAGAAGGGGCUGCAGCUGCGGCGAUGGCAGCUGCAGCUGGAAGAGAAGAAGAAGAGGAAGAUGAGCAGGGGAGGAGGGAGAGGUUGCGGCCGUGGCUGCGGCCGCGACUGCAGCAGUUGCAGCGGGGAGAUAAGAAGAAGAAAGGAAGGAGAAGGAAGAGGAGAAGGGAAAGAAGUAGCUGCGGCUGCGGUUGUGGCAGCUGCAGCUAUGGCAGGGAAAGAGGAAGAGAAAAAGGAAAGGAAGAAGAAGAGAAAGGGAAGGAGAGGAAGAAGAGAGGAAGAGGAGAAGGGGCUGCGACUGCGGCGAUGGCAGCUGCAGCUGUGGCAGGGAAAGAGAAAAAGGAAAGGAAGAAGAAGAGAAAGGGAAGGAGAGGAAGAAGAGAGGAAGAGGAGAAGGGGCUGCGGCUGCGGUGAUGGCAGCUGCAGCUGUGGCUGGGAAAGAAGAGAAGGAAAGGAAGAAGAAGAGAAAGGGAAGGAGAGGAAGAAGAGAGGAAGAGGAGAAGGGGUGGCAGCUGCGGCAGUGGCAGCUGCAGUUGGAAGAGAAGUAGGAGAGGAAAUAGAGUAGCAGAGGAAGUAGAGGCUGCGGUUGUGGUGGCUGCGGCCAUGGCUGCGACUGUGACUGCGGCAGUUGCAGCCGGGAAAGAAAGGAAAGGAAAGGGGGAAAAAGGGGCUGCGGACGGGAUUGCGGCCGCAGCGGCAGCGACUGCGUAUGCAGCAGUUAUGUCUGCGAGAGAAGGGAAGAAGGAAAUAGUGCAGUGGAAGGGGGCUGCGGUUGUGACCGCAGUUGCGGUCGUGGCUGCGAUUGUGGCAGCGGCAGCGGCGGCGGCUGUGGCAGCUGCGUUUGGGAAAGAAAAAGAAGGAAUGAGAGUAAGAGAGAGCAGGUGACUGUGCCUCGAUGUUCGACACGUGAUGUAGUUACGAAGAAAGGAAGAAAACGGGAGCACAAAACGAAACAGAGAGAGGACACGGAGGAAAAGUAGAAAGAUUGGAUUGGCACCUUCCUUGGAUAUUCAGAUCAAAAUAUUUGAAAGGUCAGCUUGUCACUCUUCGAGAUGUUUGAUUUGGGCUGAGGCAGUGGAUAGCUAUUCAGAAUUAUGGGCAAGUCUUGUCGGUUGUUAUGCUAUUAUUGUAUAAGCAUAUUUUGUAUGUAAUGAAUUGUUCUGAUGAUCGAAAUGGAUAUACUGUGUAAAAGUGUUAGAAGAUCUCUGUUAUUUGGAAUUUCGGAAUGUUAAGUCUAAUUUAUGACGAUAUGAACUUGUGGUGAAUAGUUGGAGUUCUGAUUGUAUAAUUUAUUUAGCUUGUGGAUUUAUAAAUGUUGUUCAUGUUUGUCAAGUUGGCUUGGGUUGCCAUAAAUGUGAAAUAUCGAGUGAUGUGAUAUAUGAUUUUAAAAUGCACAGGUUUUAUGGAUGUGAAUUUGAUUGAAUGUUUUUCAGUGUCCUCAAACGUUAGUUUGGAUCCUGGAUUGGUUUGUGACGAAAAGUUUAAAAAUCAUGGAUAUAUUUUGAGGGGACGUGACAGAGGUGGUAUCAGAGCAUGGUUUGAGGAUUUAUUGAAAUAUUUGAUAUGUUGACGUGUAAAAUAUAUUGAGGUCUAGUGAACUGUAGUGAUCGGUGAAAAUUUUCUUUGAUGCAUUUUAGGAAUCUGGGAUGACGAGGACAUUUGGUCCUCCUAUUUCAUCUGAUUUUGAUUAAUUAAGUGGGAUGAAUGGGGUAAUCGGGGAUAUUGAAUCAGAGUGGCACAGCAGAAGCAUGGUGCACCUAAUCCAUUGGUGGCAGAAAAAUGGAUAAUGCGAAUAGAGAAGAUAUUUGAUGUUCAAAAUUGUUCUGAUAAUUAAACGAUUUCUUUUGCCACCUUAUAUUGGAAGUAGAGGCUGAUCAUUAAUGGGAACAAAAAAAAAAAAAUUUUUGAAGAUCAGUGGCAAGAAUGAUAAGGACAAGUUUACCCAAAAAAAAAAAAAAAGAUUGAAAAUGAAUCAGAAAGUGAUAACAAGAGGGUCGAGACAUUUGGAUUUGAAAAGGGAAGUCACCACAAAAGACUCAAUCAUGUGUGAAUUGCAAGUUAAAUUAUGAAACAAGUUUGUGUUGGUGGGUGACUGGAGUCUAUUUGUUUGUAGAAAGUUGGAUCAUAAAACAAAAGACUGCCAUUUGAACAAUAAGAAAGAGUCACUGCCUCAUAAAUCAUCAGCCUAUGUCAGAGUGUAUGCUAUCACUGAAUAUGAUUCUAAAACUUCUGAAUUAGUGAUCAAAGGUAUUAUACAUGUUUAUGAAAGAAUGCAAAUAUUUGUUUGACCAUGGGUCCUAUCUACGAUUUGAUUCGUAACAUGUUGCCUAUCACUUGGGUAUUCAACCUAGACCACUGUAUUAUGUGAUAUAUGUAAGUACAAUCAAUGGAGAUUCUUUGAUAACGAACUUAAAUCUGGUCCUCUUGUCUGAUUUUUGUUGGAGAACUUGAACUUUUGCUGAUUUAGUUCUCCUAGAGAUUUGGAGUUAUGAUAUUAUACUUGGUAUGGAUUGACUAUCUUCUUAUCAUACCAGUAUGGAUUGGUAUAUAACGAAUGAUCACUUUUUGCAUAUUUAAUCAGCCGAUCUUUUAUUUUGAGAAUAUUGGACAUUAUUUAUCUCCUUGCCUAAUGUAUCCCAAGAUGACUUGUUUGGAUUACCUGCAAAUGUGAUUUUGCUUUUGAUUUGGUCCUUGGGACAAUCCUAAAAUCUAAGCUUCUCUACAAAAUGAUAUCAUUUGAGUAAGCGGCAUUAGAAAAACAACUACAAGGAUUACUAAAUGAGGAUUUUAUUUGGCUUAAUAUUUUAUCAUGAGGUGCUCUGGUGUUAGUUAAAAAGAUGGAUGGAACAUUGAGGCUUUGUAUUGAUUAUGGAUAGUUGAAUCAGGUGAUCAUCAAAAACGAGUAUUUUCUGAAGUAACGACUUGCUUGAUUAAUUACAAGGUGCGCAAGUAUUUUUAGAAAUUGAUUGAAGGUCGGGUUACCGUCUAUUGAGGAUCAAGGAGGAGAAUAUUUCGGUCACUCGUGGAUAAUUAUGUAAUUGUAUUGUAUUGAUGAAACUAUUUAAGAGUAGGAGGAGGAAAUAAAGAUAUCAUAAUCCUCAUCUUUUCAUCGAUUGAGCUAUGAUCAAUUUAGAGGACUAAAUUUUCUUUUAAGGGGGGGAGAGUGUAAUAUCCCUCGCUUUUAAAAAUUAUUAAUAAAGAUUUAUUUAUAAAUUGGAGGACCUAUAUGUAAAUAUAGAAAUUUCAAAGACUAAACUGUUAAGUUGUAAAAAGAAGUAAAUAAAGAAAAACCGAAAAUUUCGGUUUUAUCCCACCGCCUCCCAUGCACUCUCUAUUUCUUCGAGAAACAGAGAGGAGCGGUGGGGCAUGAGGAGUGAAGAAAAGAAGAAGAAGAGGGAAAAGAAGAGAGGAGGAAGAAGAGAGGAAGAAGAGGGAGAAGAGAAGAAGAAGAAGAAGAAGAAGAAGAAGAGGAGGUGGCUGCAGCGAGGGCUGCAGCGAGGAGCUGUGGGGCGUGGGGAGAAGAAGAGAGGAAGAAGAGGGAGAAGAGAAGAAGAAGAAGAAGAAGAAGAAGAAGAAGAAGAAGAAGAAGAAGAGAGGAGGAUAGCUGCGGCAAGGCUGCAGCGAGGAGGUGUGUGGCUUUGGGGAGGAAAAGGGAAGAGGAGAAGAAGAGAAGGAGAAGAAGAGGGAAAAGAGAGGCAGCUGCAGCAGCCAGGGCUGCAGCACCUCUGUUUCCCGCAGGUGGAAACAGAGGAGAGGAUGUGUGGGGCGUUGAGGAUGAAAAGGGAAGAAGAAGAAGAAGAAGAAGAAGAAGAAGAAGAUAGCUGCGGCAAGGCUGCAGCGAGGAGAUGUGUGGCCUUGGGGAGGAAAAGGGAAGAGGGGAAGAGGAGAAGAAGAAGAAGAGGAAGAGAAAGAGGUGUGAUACCUCUGUUUCCUGCAGAGGAAACAGAGGAGAGGGUUUGUGUGACGCCGGGGAAGAAGGGGCUGCAGCUGCGGCGAUGGCAGCUGCAGCUGGAAGAGAAGAAGAAGAGGAAGAUGAGCAGGGGAGGAGGGAGAGGUUGCGGCCGUGGCUGCGGCCGCGACUGCAGCAGUUGCAGCGGGGAGAGAAGAAGAAGAAAGGAAGGAGAAGGAAGAGGAGAAGGGAAAGAAGUAGCUGCGGCUGCGGUUGUGGCAGCUGCAGCUAUGGCAGGGAAAGAGGAAGAGAAAAAGGAAAGGAAGAAGAAGAGAAAGGGAAGGAGAGGAAGAAGAGAGGAAGAGGAGAAGGGGCUGCGACUGCGGCGAUGGCAGCUGCAGCUGUGGCAGGGAAAGAGAAAAAGGAAAGGAAGAAGAAGAGAAAGGGAAGGAGAGGAAGAAGAGAGGAAGAGGAGAAGGGGCUGCGGCUGCGGUGAUGGCAGCUGCAGCUGUGGCUGGGAAAGAAGAGAAGGAAAGGAAGAAGAAGAGAAAGGGAAGGAGAGGAAGAAGAGAGGAAGAGGAGAAGGGGUGGCAGCUGCGGCAGUGGCAGCUGCAGUUGGAAGAGAAGUAGUAGAGGAAAUAGAGUAGCAGAGGAAGUAGAGGCUGCGGUUGUGGUGGCUGCGGCCAUGGCUGCGACUGUGACUGCGGCAGUUGCAGCCGGCAGCCGGGAAAGAAAGGAAAGGAAAGGGGGAAAAAGGGGCUGCGGACGGGAUUGCGGCCGCAGCGGCAGCGACUGCGUAUGCAGCAGUUAUGUCUGCGAGAGAAGGGAAGAAGGAAAUAGUGCAGUGGAAGGGGGCUGCGGUUGUGACCGCAGUUGCGGUCGUGGCUGCGAUUGUGGCAGCGGCAGCGGCGGCGGCUGUGGCAGCUGCGUUUGGGAAAGAAAAAGAAGGAAUGAGAGUAAGAGAGAGCAGGUGACUGUGCCUCGAUGUUCGACACGUGAUGUAGUUACGAAGAAAGGAAGAAAACGGGAGCACAAAACGAAACAGAGAGAGGACACGGAGGAAAAGUAGAAAGAUUGGAUUGGCACCUUCUUUGGAUAUUCAGAUCAAAAUAUUUGAAAGGCAAGUUCCCUGAUCGUUUCUCCUAUAAUUGCUCUGAUAUGUCUUAUUGCAAGUUCCCUGAUCGUUUCUCCUAUAAUUGCUCUGAUAUGUCUUAUUGCAAGUUCCCUGAUCGCUUCUCCUAUAAUUGCUCUGAUAUGUCUUAUUGCAAGUUCCCUGAUCGUUUCUCCUAUAAUUGCUCUGAUAUGUCUUAUUGCAAGUUCCCUGAUCGUUUCUCCUAUAAUUGCUCUGAUAUGUCUUAUUGCAAGUAUCCUGAUCUUUCUUCACUGUCAAUUUUAUCUCCACAUUUGCUUUGAAUAUGAGGAACUUUGAAUUGUUCUAGCCUUACAUUUGAUAUAUCUCCUGUUUAGACGUAACGAUUCGAAUCUGUGCAACUUUUGAGAUUCUGACCUUUUGAUACCGAGCUGCCUAUAAGCCUUUGUGGAAACUCUGAUUUGUUCAAAACAGAUUUCAUUGGAACCUAGGCUCGUAGACCUUUCCUUGAUAUAUGGAUUGAAAGAUUUGGAAUCUAAACACCUGCCCAGUUAUCUGUUGAAUCUGACAUUAUGAAUUCUGCCAAUAGAGAUUUUGUUCUACGACUCUUGCUUACCAAAUUAUUUGUAACUCUCUCUGUUGGACAGUUCAAUUCAUAUGAAGCCUGUCUUAUCUGAAAGUAUUAUCCAAU